CGUCAGUCAUUUUCCCAACCCAAACAACAGGGGCCGCAGAAUUGUGCAUAUUGAAAUACGGAAAUACUUAAUAAAGAUAAAAGAUUGUGCAUAGAUAGAAUGAUUAAUAGGAUAGAACUCCUUGUUCAAUAAUUCAAUUACUAAGUAGGUUUGUUACAACAUUCGUCAUUCAUUCUCUUGCAUUGUUGCGCAACACUUCAACGCGCCUUCUUAUCAGGAUAAGAAAUUUCAUGGCAUCGCUCACAAGUUGAUCGAUUCCAUCCAAUCUGAUCAUUUUUUUGUCAUACAAUCAAAAAUAAAUCUAAACCUUGAAUCGUGUGUUGUGCUGUGCUAAAGUGAAGAAACAUGACACGAACAUAAAAACUGUGACGCAAAGUACUACAAUCGCGAAAGAAUCUUCAUACUGGAAGUGCUGCAUUUCAUGAAGGAAGAAGAGCAAUAAAAGCAGGAAGUACAUAGCAGGAACUACAACUACAUCAACAACUUCAUCAUCAACUUCUACCUAGCGUGCAGUAGCCGUGUGAAAGUGCUAGAAGAUGAACUUCUAGAAGAUAUAAUCAUAAUUAUCGAAGAGAUGAAGGAGCAACGAAAAUACUACAGCGCUUGACACUGCUGAACCGAAAACGUUGACGUGGAGUACUAUAUUCCUUCGAUCUUGCUUUUUUAGGGUAGAAAGAAGGAGCAAGUUAUCCGGUGCACUAGUAAGGCCUUGCACGAGCAGCAGCAGUCUUGUAAGACAUCCCGACGACAUCAACUCUGGAUCAGGACAGCACCUUGAAAAUACUGACUUUGCUGACAUACGAUUCUGAAGCUUGCUGCUCAAGGAUUUCACGCUACGAAUCUGCAGAGUAGGCCACCACGACGACUCUUUACUGACCACUCGUUUGCUCCUGUAGUUGGAAACUGCCUCUUCAUGUCCGAAUCACCUAGGCAUCAAGGUGCUCAACAAGCUCUAGUACCACAAAAACAAGCUGCACAACCUGAAACUCCAGUAGUACAACAAAAAGAACAUCAACGAGUAGUCCCAGCACAAGGAGUACAACUAGCAGACGCACCAGUUGACUCCAACAGGAGCAACGGAGCAUCUUCUUCAAAUAUAUCUAGAGAAGUAGACAUCAACGAGAGCAAGGGGAACAAUAUAAUCAUGGCGCCUUCGGUUGCUUCUGGUCUGGAGCACGAGAUGGGUAGCGAUAAUGCGGCAGACCUCGCAGCGUUGAGCAUGAAGUCUGCCUCCACAGCUAUGGCUGACGCUCUCAUGCAGGGAGAGCAAGUAGACGUUGCAGCUUCCUCUCACCUAGGUGGUGGUGGAGUACUAGAUCAUGGUGGAGUGGGAUUACUAGAUCAACAUGGUGGAAUACUAGAUCCGAAUGCUGGUGGAGGUGGAGUGGAAGGCGUCGUUGGGCUUGGGGCAGGAGCGGGAGGAGUUGGCGUGGUUGGCCUUGACCUUGCUGACAUGAUGAUGCCGCCAACGACGAGUGAUGGUACAACUACAGGCGUCGUUGGAGCAGCCCCUCCACUUGGAGAAGCUGGUGUGGGAACUGCAAUUCCAACAAUGCAGCUUCUCCAGCCGGGGCAGUUUAUGAUUGGUGGGGCACCAGGACUAGCAGGCAUAGUACCAGGAGUAGGACUAGCAGGCGAAACUGGCCUGCAGCCACAGCAGCUUUUACUUCCACAUUCACAAGAACAUCAAGCAUCUUCUUUCUUGAUACAGCAGCAACAACAGGCUAUGAUGAAUAUGAAUAUACCGAAUAUGAUGAACGUCUUGCCUCCAGGAGUGCAAGCCAUCUUACCACACCAGCAUAGCAUUCGAGGACCCGCAGUUUCUGGCUACGCAAGGCACGGACCAUCUUUCGCUGCACAGCAAGCAGCUUUGAAAAACAUUUUGCAAAAAGGAGCUCCGGUAAAAAGAUCUCGGUCUUCUUCUGAGAAGGCAGCAGAAGCAGUGGCAGCAGCAAAAGGAGCAAAGGGCGCGGCUAUGCAGGCAAAGGUAGGCGGUCCUCUUGCAGGUCAGGUAGGGACUAGCUUAGGUCCAAGAGCCAGAGCUGCGGCUUCAGGAAAAGCUAAAGGUAUUUGUGAAUUUCACCUAGCUAUGUCCUGGUCCUCCUCGAUCUUUCAGAUUCAUGAACAUUUUCAGUCUGCUUCUUCACACUCAACAGAGGUCUUGAUCUUCUUAAAUCUAGAACAAAAAUCGUCCUACCAAUCAGCACAAGAAAGUCUUCAUACCAAAACUAAACACGAUGAGCAUGACACAACUUGUUGUUCUACAGGAGGCAUCCGGCUUUCCGACAGCAGUUAUCUUUUGGCAUCGAAGAGAGUUUUGCGACCCCAGGACCCACAACCGACACCGGGGAAAAGGGCGGGUCAUACGAGCUUAGGGAGAAGUCUGGUGCCAGCUCGCAGACACUACGAAACCCGAAGCAAAGCCUCGCAAUAUCAAGCAGGCGGAUCCUCGUCAUCGUCUGCGCCACUACCGGCGCAAAAACCGCAGCCCAUGCUACAUUAUGAGAUGUUGAGUAAGAGACAAUGACAAAUGGAUGAAUACAUAGUUUGUCCUUGUCGGAUCUAUGAGACGCAACCGGAAAUCGAAUAGUGCCUAAACUACCUCACAGACUACAUUUUAUCCCAUUCCAUCCAACACUCUUCUUAGAAACAUUUUUACCACAAAAACAAAAAAUGUCAUCCAUGAUCUCUGUCCCGUGAUCAUCAGGAUUCUUUUCAUCUCAAGUGGAGUAGAUUUUUUGACUAUCUAAGGUAAGGAAACGGAUCCUAAUAGAAACGUGGCCACAAGAGUAGUUUUUUUAAAUAAUUGGACUACUUGACAACUCUUUUGUUUUUUGUUUCCUAGUUUGUUAGGUGUGCUCCACCGAUACUAUCUAAGGUUCACAAGCGCAUAAAUCAGCGCAUAAAUCAGUCUCCUCUUCUAACAAGAGCUGGCAGCCGGAAAUCGCAUAGUGCCGCAACCCGUGACGAUCGAGGUACAACACGACCCAGCGAAUGUGCAGUUGAUAAAAGAUCCUAAAAUACGUAAUAAGCGAGAUGGCGACGGUCGCUUGGAGCUGAAAGUCGAAUUACCUUGGCGGCAACGGUUCUUAGAUGCGAUUUCCUUCAUGAAAAAAAGCAAAGGGAAAAUGUGCGAACAUGGUACUAUCCAACUACAGGACUUUGAGUUCCAUACUCACUCUGCCUUCUACAUCAUUCAAACAAAAAAUGACAUCUAUAUUUCUGAAAGAGAACAGGAAACGUCUUCUAUGUAUAAUAACGUGAUUCGAAUACUACAACAUCAACAACUCGUCUUGCAAGAGCGAGAAGCAGAUCUGCAAAUUUAAAUUCGCAUAAGUUGUACAAAAUCCCCAUUCCUCCACACCAGGUAUGCAAGAAGGCCAGACAGUUAAUUGCGCUACGUUUUUCAAUUCCCUGCCCUCUCACGCGAGAGGCUUCAAGGAGAUGGAACCAGAUGAGCAGUUACAUUGUCUCAGCUUUGACGAGAUCGUGGCGAAACUCAAAAAGAAUGUGGAUAAGCCCAGUGGUGGAUACACCUUCGCCACUGAUAUCAGAGAAGACACGGAUCAACUCGUAGCCGAGAUCGAACGCGUAUUCGGAGUCCACGAGAAUCGACUGUACGUAGUGGAACUAGCAAAGGAGCUCCAGCAUGAAAUUGGACUCUACGCGGAAGAUGUACUACGAUUUUUUAGUAAACCCCUGGAGUGGGUACAUUCAUUCAUUCAAAGACCACGAGGAUAUUAUAGGCUUACUUCAUAUUAAUAAUUUUGGAAAUGCUAAGAAAAAGAAUGUUGACAUUCAAAAUUCCUUGAUCAAUGAGUUUCUUUAGAGUAGUUACCAUUUUUCAGGGACGAGCUGCAACAAGUAGUUUCACUACAAUAACCACUUCAUCUUCAGAUCUAUUGGCAAGAGAUACAGACGAUUAAGAAUAAGUGGAGCGACUAUCUCUUGCUGAACAGUUUGCAUAAUCAAGGAAAAGCUCCGCCAGCGCAUUUCCUAGAUCAUCGGAGGACGGUGGCCGAAAGAGCACAGCAUGCCACAAUAGCCCUCGCUGAUACGGUUACGCCAUUGAAUGGGAAAUUCCGAAAACUAGCGGAGGAUGCGAUACUUGCUGCGGCAGAAGAGAAGGAACGCUUUUUCUCAGCACAAGCAGGCAUUCAUCAACAACAACAACAACUACAAGGCGGAAAAGGGGCUGCUGGAGGAAAAAAUGGUGCAGCAGUUCCAGCCCUGGUACCACAUAAACAAGGAAAACCCGCCCCAAAAACAAGGGCGAAGGCAGCUGGUGGGAAGAAAGGAACCGGAGGCGACUCUCAAGAAAGUGGAAAUGAUAGCGCAGUUCUUGGCAAAAAGAAGCGUACUAGAACGGGUAACAAAAGUGAUGAUGAGCCGUGGUCUCCUGAGGCGCCAGCCUCUAGGCCUAAGAAGAUAGCGAAAACGAAAGCAGGCCCAAAGGCGAAAGCGCUGCAGCUCAACGAAACAUCAUCACUCUUCGACGAUGAUGACAAAAAGUCAGGUGACUCUGCUAAACAAGUAGACAAUGAUUCCGCUGUUAGUCGUAAGAGCAACAAGAGCAACAAAAAAACUACUAAUAAGUCUGGAGCAGGUGGUGCUGCGAGUAGUGCUGGGCAGGGAAAUGCCGCAGGUGGUAAUUACGUCUAUCGUGGUGGCAAUAAGGGGAUGCGAUCAGGGCUCCAGCAAUUAAGGGACAUCAAGAAGGGUGGCGAUGCUGACUCGGCUGCCUCAAGUGGGCACAGGGAGACGACCCGAACAAGAGAUGUGGCGCAACAACGGAGACCCAAGAAAAAGACGCGCCCUCCACGUUAUCCACAAAAAGACGGUGGCAUAACGGCGAAAGCAAGAGAGGAAGCAGCUACAAAGUACUACAACUAGUACUACCCAAAAAAUUACUUAGGUGUUGAUAUGAAAACAACUUGAGUUUGUGAUUUACAAAGAUAUUGAAAUGCGCAGAUAGAAGACAUCGUGACACACAAGUUUGAGUUGUUGAUUAUGGUAGUUCUACUAAUUUGUUUGCUCCUUCAGGAGUGGCCACACGGAGUAUGCAAAAUCAAAUCUUCACUGAACAAAGGUUUGCAGAGUUGAACCCUGAGCAUAGAAGGGAGAUGGAGGACUUUAUUGAGCGCUAUAUGCCAACAGAAAUCCGCCAGGAUGACGGGGACGAUGUCGACAUUUGGGAGUACUAUAAUAAACUUAAAUAAAAAUCUAAUAGCUUUCCGUAGAAUUCUGUUCUAACCGGAGCCUGGUGAUAUCUACUUCUUCUAGGAUUUUGUUGGAUGUCAAUUUGAAAAAACAAUCGCAGUAGCAGUCGCGUCUGUGGCCGACACUAAAUAGUAGAUAGAGAAUAGUUAUAGUACUCGUCGUCGUCUAGUCUAAUAUCCGUAAAUAAAAAACAAAAAACUCCACUCUUCUACCACCCAGCUUGCUGCCGCUAUUUCAGAAUCAGUUUGUCGCGAGUGUGAAGAAAUAUCAUAGGGAGGACAAUCCAGAGCAGUAUGUGCGAAAGAGAAAGGCACGAGAAGAGAAGACUCAGGUACUUCAAGGCUAUGGCCUCUUUUGAGUUGGGGUUGUUUAUUUGUGUUGAAUCAGAGACAUGUUGACCCUCUGACUUUGAGACUAGAAGAAUCGAUUUACCCUGUAGUGUUGGAGUCGAAUGAAGUUACUUACUUACAUCUACUUUUACUUACUUAAAUUCACUUUUUUUACUGACUACACCCACUUUAUAUGCUCAUCUACUCUCUCUGGCAGCUACUUGCAUCUUAAGAAGUGUUAUAAUUUUCCUUCAAAUUAUCUUCACAGCGCGAUGGCGUCGCUCGCUAUGCACAUGGUGGAGUUAUUUCCUCGGAUGAGGAGAAAGAUGAGUCCUCUGACGACGAGAAGAAGGGCGACCAGUCGGAUAGCGAUGAACAGUUUCAAUUUCGACCUCGAACGCGUCCGCCCGUUGCUGCCCCAUCGCUGUUGCCUCCAGCUCCAGCUUCGUCUUCCUCUCUCAGAGGACUGGGAAAAAUCGUGCCGAAUGGGGCUACUUCGUCGGCUUCAUUACUGCAGCAGUCAGGGGGUGCAAUGGGAGUGCCAGGACUACAGCCAGGAAGUGGGACUGGACUCCAGCCAGGAGGUGAAAUUGAUCCAAUGCUUUUAGAGGAGGACGAGAUGAUUGACCUCGAUAAUGGUUGCAUGUUUGCUGACGUUUAUGCAGAGCAACAACGUGCUGCUGCAGCGGCAGCGGCGUCCUCUUCUUCAUUAGGUAUACAUGCUGGAGGAGUCGACGCGGCAGCAUCUUCAACAUCUUCCUCAAUACUAGGACACCAGCACAGUCGUGACUUGCUCGGUCAGCACCCCCAACAGCUUGGAGGUAGUGCCAUGUCCUCCUCAAACAACAUGAUGAAUGUUGACUGGCCAGCAGCAGCUAACAUCAACAUCAACCAUCAAGCACCACAACAAGAGCCUCUUUGGCAGCCAGGACUGGAUCAAAAGAGCUCGAUCAUCGAUAAUCAAGCAGAUCUAGCUGAAAUGUUGGGGAUGUUUGAUGACGAAGAGUUGGAGGGGGCCGAAUGAGAAAAUUUUACAUCCUCCUCAUGAUGUUGUCAUAAAACAAGUUAGUACAUAAGUAGAGUAAGACGGUUGUUUUCUUCAGGUGUGAUCAUUCGAAUCUUCAUCGUCGACUACAGCAUAAAUGAUGUGAUCUAAAUUUGCUUUUUGAAAAGGGAUCUGCGUUCAUCUCGUCUAUUUUCGUAACGUAGCUCUGACGUGUUAUGCAAGUAGAACUCUCAUACAUAGUUAUAUAUACCAUCUCGACGCUUUUUGAGAUAUAAGUCAGAACCUCCGCUACUUCAUCGUCUUUUUGCAACAAUACGAGUCAACAUCCAAAUACUCUCAACAUUCUGUAAGCGCAAUAUCUCGACGUCCCGUAUACCAAAACUUUGAUGAGCGAUGUAUGAUCUCAGUUGUAGCAGAGCUUCCUCUCUGUCUACUUCUAUAUCAAGUCGUCCGUAUACCAUCGAUCCCGAAAGACUGAUUCCACGAUGAAGAUUCUUGUGAUGUCUCAAAAGCCUUAACCUUUCUCGAGAAACAAAUCAUAAUCUUCACACGACACAGUAAAGACGUUUUUCUUUGUCAUCCUCGUCAACAAAUCCUCCUCGUAAAACUUGCAUUCAAAAUCUUCUCUCUUUUAUCUGAGAUGUCCAAAAGUGCCACAGCUAGGUUUAGGUACUGAAC